UGACGACAGGCGGUCGGCAAUCCAUUUAUAAAUUUUUCUCUCUUUUUUUUUAUUUUUUAUUUAUUUAUUUUAUUUAAUUUUUUUUUUUUUUAAAAAAAAUGGUGCCGAAUCCCAGCGCUCAAACUUCCCUCUCCAGAGAUUAUUAAGUGUGACCUUUACGACCAUCCUCCCACCAUUUUACCAAUUGUUGCCCCCAGAUUCAUUACUUGGCUGAGUGGGAGGGUCUGUUCGUUUUCUUCUCCCGGCACAACAGGCCCUCUACGAGGCUGAACGGCACAAAGGAACAUUUCGUUGCAUGCUCCCAUCAAUCAAGUCCUCCAUCGCUCUUCCCAGAGGUUUGAUUGCUUUACUUGGCACCCCCCGGCGACGAUCUGGUCACUGCCGAUGAUCCCUCUGACAUCUUCCCGUAGAGCCUGCGGUUCAGCCUGCAGUAGCCUACAAAGCGUCGCGACAGAUAGACUCUUGGCCAGCACGUCAUGGCCCCGAUCAUCUCCGAUAGCCUUCUUCUCUCCGCCCCGACGAUUAUCCAGAGCCUUCCACUCGACGCGGUCGCUUGAUUCGACUCCAUCGCGCAUCUCAUACCGUGUCGCCGCUUCGUCCUCCGGCAAAGGCAGCCGUUUCCAUCCCGCAAAGAACACCUCCGACUUUAAUCCCCAACUUCACCGGGCUCUGGGUGUGGCCACGGAUGUGAAGAGUGCAGCCAUCCGGCGCCAACGGAGGCCGGAUAGCGGCGAGGACGCGUUCUUCGUAAGCCAAGUCGGCCAGCACAACAAUGGGGCGAUCGCAUUUGCCGUGGCAGACGGAGUCGGGGGCUGGUCGGAGUCCCGGGUUGAUCCGGCGGACUUCUCACACGCGCUGUGUGGUUAUAUGGCGGAAACCGCCCUAGAUUGGGACGUCUCGGCGGAACAAUUGCGUGCGAAGAAUCUUCUUCAGGCCGGUUACGAUCAGGUCGUUGCCGAUGAAUCGAUCUGUGCUGGCGGCAGCACCGCCUCGGUAGGAGUCGGCUUGGGCGAUGGACGGGUUGAAUUGGCGAAUUUGGGAGAUUCCGGCUCUGUCCUCCUACGUCUCGCCGCCGUACAUCACUACUCUCUCCCGCAGACCCACGGCUUCAACACGCCCUACCAGCUUAGUAUCAUUCCACCCCGCAUGCGCAAACAAGCAUCCAUAUUUGGUGGCUCCUUCCUCGAAGACUUUCCGCGCGACGCGGCCGUCACAACCCUCCACAUGCAGCAUGGCGACGUGCUCCUCCUUGCAACGGACGGCGUCUUUGACAACCUCAAUAACCAAGACAUCCUCAAGCUCAUAACCAGCCGGAUGGUCUUGACAGGCGCCUGGACGGCCACACCCGACGUCGGAAUCAAACCCUCCGUCGAUCUCGACCAACUAACCGGUCCUGAGGGACUCUCAUCACUCAUCUCAUCAAAUCCAGACCAGUCUCAACACCACCGCACCACCACGAAGAACCACAUGUACUCUCUUCAAUCCCUUCUCGCCGCAACCAUCGCCGGCGAGGCCAAAAUAGCCAGCGUGGAUAUGCGGCGCGAUGGGCCCUUUGCCAAGGAAGCCCAACGAUAUUACCCCGGCGACUGGUACCGUGGCGGGAAGGUUGAUGAUAUCGCUGUCUUGGCCGUGGUGGCUGUCGAAGAAGGCUACAGUCAAGGAUCAUGAUCUGUGAAACAUGUCCAUCCUUGCUAUUGAACUAUGGUUGGCCUCAA